CUGACGUGACGUACGAUACAGUUUAUUUGGCAUUUCGCAUGGCUCGGACAUGCCACGCUACGGCAGGAUGGGCCACCUGGACCAUCAUAGCGUUAUCCUACGCUCUGGUGGUUGGAAUGACCGGCCCUGUCAACGCACGAUUGCCGAAGCCGAGGCCUUCUCAAAGGGUCUACCGCUCAAGACUCAUCCCUAAACUGUACAACAUGGCACAUUGCACAGACAGGCAUCACUUUUUCCACAUCCGUAACGUCUCCACGACCAUGGACCGGUUUGGCGGGGAUGUUUUAGAUGUGCUUUUCAACCUAAAUGGAACAGCAAAGUUGCUUUCAUCGAUUAAAUUUUCAUUGCAACGAUGCACAGGUGGCGCCUCACAAUGUGAACAUGUAAAUACCUGGACUUGGUCUACUGGUAUUUGUGACUUGAUGAUGACGAAACAUAUGGCUUGGAGCUACAUGGUGGAGAGAAUUCACCCUCCUAUUAAGUGUCCGUUCCAAAUGGGUUCGUACACUAGUCCCAACCUUACGUUAGACCUCGAUAUGGUUGACAAGGCAAUGCCUCGAUCUAACAUAGAGAAACACGUAUGGUUGUCGGAGUGUCAGACUUUUGACGAAAACAAAAAUCUCUUCGCUUGCUUCAAAUGGACAACAGAGGCACGAAGGGUGCGAGUGAAAGAGGGUGGUUAUCAAAUGGGGUAAUAUAAAAUUCACAUUGAGAAUCCUACAGUGUGCAUUGUAGUGUUGUAACAGGUGAACCGUGUGCAUGGGUGUGAAUACUGUUUAAACAGUAGUUGUUAUAGUGUUAAGCAUGCUCUUUGUGGGGAGAAAAUAAAUACGAGCACACUA